AUGCUCCAAGAGAAGUUCAAAAACAUGGGGCUCGACGACACUGACCUUGUCGCCCUCCAAGGAGCACAUACCUUUGGGCGGGCGCAAUGCCAGUUCACGCAGCGGAACUGCAGCGCCGGGCAGGAUGAGGAGACGCUCGUGAAUCUCGACACGGUCACCCCUGACGUCUUUGACAACAAGUAUUACGGCAACCUCUUGCGUGGCCGCGCCCCUCUCCCUUCGGACCAGGUAAUGUUGUCUGAUCCCGUUGCCGCCGCAACCACCGCACGGAUCGUUCGCAGGUUCUCCGGAAGCCAGAAGCACUUCUUCAAGAAUUUCGCGGCCUCGAUGGUCAAAAUGGGGAACAUAAGCCCGUUGACCGGAAAGGCCGGGGAGAUUAGGAACAACUGUAGGAGGGUGAACAGAAAACCCUAUUGA